AUGUCCCAAAGAUCCUCCACCACCUCCUCAAGAAGAUCCAGCGUCGCAGACCUGUCCAAUGCGGUCUCGAAGCCGCCUAUCCUGCGACCAACGACCAGGACCAAGAAUCAGCGCACGGACUCGCCGGUUCCCGGUACCCCCGUCCGCUCUGUGUACCCCAACAAACCAAUCGAGGUUGACUCUGCCCCUCAGAUUGACAGAGGGUUCAGAGAGGCCACCGGCUCCCGUACUCCCGCCCCAGUGAAGGCAACGGGGAACAAACGUCCGCCAAUCCGCUCGCCCAGAAUUACCGUGCAAAAUGCCGGCGACACCCCUGCCGACACCCGCAAGAAAAGGAAGGUCCUGGAUACGCCUGAAGAGCGACGGAGAGGCGAAGCAAUCAUUGGCUCCGCCACUCUCAGUGUCUCCGGCCUGGACCCGGAAGAGGACGAGUUCACGAGCGAGACCCUGACGAGAGAUGUGGAAUACCUGUCCGGAGACGAAGAGGAGUACUACGGAGCAGAGAAGAACGGAGCCGUCUGCAUGUGCGAAAACCCGGACGAUAGCGCUUCCAUUUAUGGUCGCGUUCUCCAAUGCAAACGCGGAGACCUCUGCUGUGGAAGCCAAUUCUACCACCCAGAAUGCCUCAACAACAAGAGACUGCCCCACCCUCAGGAAGAGGAGGAAGUUCUGCAGGACUACUUCGCCCAGUACAACUUUGUUUGCCCGCCUUGCCUAGAAGACCUCCCAGAGAAUGCGGAGACCGACGGCAAGAUCACGGCGACCAAGCACCCGAACGUUGGCAAGAAGAGAGGACUGCGUCUGGUGCCCUACGACCAUGAGAACCGCAAGUGGAAGACCGACUUCACGAUGAAGACCGGGGAGGGGGAUAUGGAGGAAGGCCGACCGUACCGAGUCUCAGGGAGGGACAUCGAAACCGUCAUGCUCCCGAGCCAAUACAACGAGUAUACGGACGUUCCAUCCACCAUGUACACUCACUGGGAAAAGGAAUUGAUCUUGAAGCAAGCCGUCUUCGUCGUCAUUACCAACCUGGAGCCGCACUACACGCUAUGUGCCAAGGCCCUCCGCAAAGAGCACGGCAUCCACGAGACUCGGGACGACCUAGAGGACCCAAAAGCACUGCUCCGCCAAGCCGCCUUCCCCCGCAUUGACCAACCCAACUACCUUAUCUACGCAGGCCCCAACCUUUGGGAACUCGAGAUCAUCGUAGCAAGCUUUGGCCCCAAACCCAAGGACAAGCCAGAGGACCAGGAGCUGACAUUCGGCGUGCCAAGAGUAGAGUCUGAAUUGUGGUCAAGCCUGGCGUUGAAAUGGCUUGCCACCGGCGACCUUGGUUCGCUCAAGCCAAAGGGAUGGAGGACACCGGCGGGCGAAGCAAAACACAGAGGAUCACCGAGGUUCAGGACUCAAAGGGGGCACCCAGCAGUGGACGCACAGGCGGUCAUCCACGGAGGGGUAUGGACAACGACAACCUCCGGGGGAGAGACAAACAAGGACAAAUUACCUUGCCCCACAGCAGAAAGUCGACACAUCAGAUACAGCCUCAGGUGGGUGGAGUACCUCGACUUCGCGGAGAAUGCCACGGCACACAAGCGCAUGGCCAUUUGCCACAAAUGGAUUGACCCCGCUAGCCAUGCUCGACGGAGGAGUGUUAUCGACAACCUCCCUGCCCAAUGUCAACGCAACAUCCCUGCGGGCUCCCCAGGCACUAUGUGUGUCAUCAACUUCAACGUGACCGUCCACUGCCACGUGAACCCCAACGACCAUGGGUUCACCGUCCAAUACGUCCACGGAAGCUUCUCUGCUGGAGACCUCGCCUUCCGCAAUUUGCAUCUCUGCGCCGACACAACCUCGGGCACGAUCACUUUGGUCCACGCCCAGGUAGAAGAACACACAGUGCUGGAUUGGGGACCACUGCCCGGACGGAGCUGGACCAACACCUGGCGUUUCAGUCAGCCCACCACGACACCACGGGAUGUCCUGCAUGCCCAUAGCCGGAAGGAACUUCAGGAAUCCUGGGCGAAGUACCGGGGCAGCUCAUGGCCUACCCAGGGGCUCAACAUUGCCCAGCGUCCCAAGACCGACGUAAACUUCAACCCUCAAUAUCAGCUCGAGACCCUCAAGACGAGCCUGCAGGAGUCGCCAGACGUCUACAUCGGCCACGCUUCCAUCGCCAGCGGCGACGAAAUCGGCAACCCAGACCAAUUUAACGUGGAUAGACGAAACAUGCUAUCCCGUUACACCGAGGGCGUCGGUGACUUCGCCCCGAUCGCCCGCCUCAAGCAGCAAGAGGCUGCCCGCAGAGCCCACGCCAGCCUCGCCGCCAGCGAGCACACCACCCUCGACGACAUCUUUGACGCAAUUGUCGCUCGGUACCCCACCACCCCUCCGACCUCACCCCCGCAACCACCUCGUCCUGCGCUCCGAGCUAACAUCACGCCCGGAACGAGACUGCUCCUCAAGUACCAACACGUCGUCCCUCUCCCCGAGUCCGACGCCAACGAAAUACUCCGCAGAUGGUGGCUUGAAGUACGCACCCUCAGCGCAGAAGCGCGUCUAGAGCCGACCCAGACCACGACUCAGCGGACGACAAGACCAUCUGGUGCCGGACCAUCCCGCGCUGGUCCAUCCAGCGCGCGCUGA